ACUGUGUUAGAAAGUUAGGUCAUGACUGAAAGUGGAACACAGAUGCCUGGGAACAAACCACUGGGUCGUGAAUAGACAGAGUUGAAGAGGAAUAUGAGAUAAAUUUUAAUGUUUGGUUUGGUGUGAUUCAGCUGAGAGAUGAGAUGCAUUGAUAAAAACAAACAGAAAUAUAAUUAAUAGCAGCUUUUGUUUCAGGAAAAAGGCAACUGCUUUGUCCCGAUUCUCAGAUAUCAUCUUUCUUAACCAGAAUAAUGAAAACAAGUGUUUUCCUUCUGCUGCUCCUCUUAAGAACGAGUUCGACUUCCACUUAUCAAAAUGUGGCCUUGCGUGGUACAGCAGCCCAGUCGAUCUCUGAGGACCACGUCCUCUCAGCUGCCCACAAUGCAAUUGAUGGAAACCGUAACUCUGACUUCAGGGCGGGAUCGUGCACGCUCACUAGUGCACAGAACCGUCCCUGGUGGAGAGUGGACCUGCUUCAGUCCUACAUCAUCACUUCUGUCACCAUCACCAACAGAGGAGACUGCUGUCAUGAAAGGCUCAACGGGCUAAAGAUCCACAUAGGCAACUCUUUGAACAACGAAGGUUUAGGAAACCCAAAGGUUGGUGAAAUUUCUGAAGUUGGUGCUGGCAUAUCCUUCAGUGUGACUUUCACUGAUCGAGCAGAGGGGCGCUAUGUUAUAUUGACUCUGCCUGGUUCAAGAAAGAUUCUCACACUCUGUGAAGUGGAAGUCUAUGGAUACCGUUCUCCAACUGGAGACAAUCUUGCACUUGAAGGAAAAGCCACACAGUCAUCGUUGUAUGGAUUUGGAUUUGCAUACAAUGCCAUCGAUGGAAAUCGUAACAGCAAGUGGGAAGAGGGCUCCUGCACUCACACAAACAACAACAUCAGCCCCUGGUGGCGUCUUAAUUUGCGCAAAACCCAUAAAGUGUUUUCUGUUAAAAUUGUCAACAUUGACUCCAACCCCGAACGGCUCAACGGAGCUGAGAUUCGCAUUGGAGAUUCCCUUGACAACAAUGGCAACAACAACCCCAGGUGUGCAGUGAUCACAAACAUCGCGGGAGGUGCUGUUGCCAAUUUCACAUGCAAUGGAAUGGACGGCCGCUAUGUGAACAUUGUCAUCCCGGCCCGAGAAGAGUUCCUUAGUCUGUGUGAAGUUGAAGUGUAUGGAUCUAAACUUGAUUAGGUUCAUAACAUUCAACUUUUACACAUGAUCAUAUGAACCAAAACUCAUCUGUCACUUGCUAAUCACUCAUCUAUCUAUCUAUCUAUCUAUCUAUCUAUCUAUCUAUAACUGAAUUCCCACACAGCUCAUUUUAAGUUUUUCUGUGACUGCAUGAUGAGACUUUAGGAUAGAGGACUGAAAAUACUUUGUAAGAUAAAUACAGACAAUAUAAGAGCACAAUCAGAUAAACAUGUAUACAACCUGCACAUUGUGAUAGAUGUUUGCUUAUAGUUUCCUACCAUAAGCAAUUGAUGGAUUUUCAUUGUACCUGCUGAAGAAAGAAAAAGCUGUAUGUAAUGAUUAUUGAAAUACAAUAAAACCAUUUAAAACCU